AUGUCUUACGAUCGAGCGCUCACCGUUUUCUCGCCCGACGGACAUCUAUUCCAAGUGGAGUACGCACUGGAAGCGGUUCGCAAGGGAACUUGUGCCGUCGGUGUGCGCGGCAAGGAUGUAGUCGUGCUCGGUGUCGAGAAAAAGUCGGUUCUGCAGCUGCAGGAUGCACGUACGAUUCGCAAGACGGCCAUGCUGGAUGACCACGUCUGCCUCGCCUUUGCGGGUCUCACUGCCGACGCACGAAUCCUCAUCGACAAGGCACGCAUCGAGUGUCAAUCGCACCGUCUUACCGUCGAAGACCCCGUGACGGUCGACUACAUUACACGACACAUUGCCGGCAUACAACAGCGCUACACGCAAUCCGGCGGUGUUCGUCCAUUCGGCAUCUCGACGCUCAUCAUUGGAUUUGACGCCAACGAGUCCAAGCCUCGACUGUACCAGACCGAGCCGUCGGGCAUGUACUCGGCAUGGAAGGCGUGUGCGAUCGGUCGAAGCGCCAAGACCGUGCGCGAGUUCCUCGAAAAGAACCACACCGACGAUCUGGACAGGGACGCCACCAUCAAACUCGCCAUCAAGAGCCUGCUCGAGGUCGUCCAGACCGGUGCCAAGAACAUCGAGAUUGCCGUCAUGGACGCACACGCCCAGGUGCGCAACCUCGAGCUCGGCGAGAUCGAAAAGUUUGUCGACCAGAUCAAUGCCGAAAAGGACGCCGAGGCCGAGCGCAGGAGGACGCGCAUCGCUGCCACCGCCGGCGCCCAGGCGUCGAUGGCCUGA